AUGGUGUCUUCAUCUCUUCCGCUUCAACCAAUCAGUUUAGCCAUGGUGGCCACGGAGUUCUUGGGUUAUAUUCAGUCUUUCUCGGUCUCCAAUUAUGUGGGUUUCGAGGAUUUGGCCGACCGAGCUAACUUCCAAUGGAAUGUGAUUGUACUGCUAAUCUGUAUGAUUCUGGUGACACUGCGUCAAUACUUUAUGACACCUUUAGUGUGUUAUUUACCGACCACCGUCAGCGGAGUGAAUGCGGAUUCGUAUAUUACCAAUUUGUGCUGGAUAGAAGGCACCUUUCCCAUCAAUCUAACUUCUGGUGUGGUCCCACACAAAGGCACUGAUUGGGACGCUCUGAAGCCAAUGCAAAUGAGUAAGUCCGGCUCUAUAUUUUCUUUAUCCACUUUACAUGAGCUGCACAAGCUUGUUAUUCCAGCCAUCUUUGUCGAGAAUUCAACGUAG